UUUCCUUAGUCCUCACUUUCACUUCAUAACGAGCGCAUCGGUCCGACGGCCCCAUCAGCAUCAGCCCAUCGCCAUUCAGGAAUUCAGGAGGCCAGCCAUGGCGGAAGAGGGGAAGCGCGGCAGCGGAGUGCGGGUGUGCGUCACCGGAGGCGCCGGGUUCAUCGGCUCGUGGCUCGUCAAGAAGCUCCUCGAGAGAGGCUACACCGUCCACGCCACCCUGCGGGACACCGGGGACGAGGAGAAGGCCGGGCUGCUGCGCCGGCUGGUCCCCGCCGCGACGGAGCGGCUGCGGUUGUUCGAGGCCGACCUCUUCGACGCCGCCACCUUCGCGCCGGCCAUCGCUGGCUGCCGGUUCGUCUUCCUCGUCGCCACGCCGUACGGGUUCGAAGCCGCCAGCUCCAAGUAUAAGAGCACGGCGGAAGCCGCCGUGGCCGCGGUGCGCGUGAUCCUGCGGCAGUGCGAGGAGUCCCAGACGGUGAAGCGCGUGAUCCACACCGCCUCCAUAUCGUCCGCCUCGCCGCUGAAGGAGGCCGGCGCCGGCGCCGGCUACAAAGAUUUCAUCAGCGAGUCUUGCUGGACACCGCUCGACGUUGACUACCCUCUGCGCAGCGCGCACUUCGAUGUAAGCAAGAGGUUCUUCCGAUCCGGCGAUCCGUCUGAUGAUCACCUGAUGAUAAUUUUCUCGUCGAUUUCUGCAACCCCAAAGCAACGAACACAACCUGACGAACAUUUGCAGAAGUACAUUCUGUCGAAGCUGCAGUCGGAGUGGGAGCUCCUGAGCUACAACGGCGGCGAGCGCCCGGCGUUCGAGGUGGUGACGCUGCCCCUGGGCCUCGUCGCGGGGGACACGGUGCUCGGCCGCGCCCCGGAGACGCUGGAGCACGCCGUGGCGCCGGCGUCCCGGAGCGAGGCCGGCUUCGCGUUCCUGCGCCUGCUGCAGAGGCUGCUCGGCUCGCUGCCGCUGGUGCACGUGGACGACGCCUGCGACGCGCUCGUCCUCUGCGCGGAGCGCCCCUCCGUCGCCGGCCGGUUCAUCUGCGCCGCCGCGUACCCGACCAUCCACGACGUCGCCGCCCACUUCGCCGGCAGGUUCCCCCACCUCGACGUCCUCAGAGAGACGGAGGCGGUGGCGAGGGUGCGGCCCGCCGAGGACAAGCUGGGCGAGCUGGGCUUCAGGUACAAGUACGGCAUGGAGGAGAUCCUCGACGGCAGCGUUGCCUGCGCGGCGAGGUUGGGUUGUCUCGACGCAGCCAAGCUCAGCGCGCAGCAAGGAUGAAAACAGCAAGGCGUAGUCCGUAAGUAAGGCGUAGUCGUGCGUUUUCCACGUUCCCAAACUGCCACCGAAUGCAGCAAACUUGAACGUAACCUGGCCGUACUUUCAUGCAUGUUAAAUUCGGUAUUUUGUUUUUUUUAAUAAAAACAGGAGCACUGCAAUGCAUUUAAGAAGGAA